AUGGGCCCAUGGGCCAGAGACCAGAAGUCCAGCCUGCCUUCUUGCAAGUCCCGAGUCCUGACGAAGGAAUGCUAUGUCCAGAAUACUGCCCGACAGUAUGCCCAGAUCUAUGCUGCCGAAGCACAGCCUCUGGAAGGCUUUGGAGAAGUGCCAGAGAUAAUUCCCAUCUUUCUUAUCCAUCGCCCUGCGAACAACAUCCCUUAUGCAACAGUGGAGGAGGAGCUGAUUGGAGAAUUUGUGAAGUAUUCCAUCAGGGAUGGGAAGGAGAUAAACUUCUUGAGAAGAGAAUCGGAGGCUGGUCAGAAGUGUUGUACCUUCCAGCACUGGGUAUACCAGAAGACAAGUGGCUGCCUCCUGGUCACGGACAUGCAGGGUGUAGGAAUGAAGUUAACUGACGUUGGCAUAGCGACACUGGCUAAAGGGUACAAAGGAUUUAAAGGCAACUGCUCCAUGACCUUCAUCGACCAGUUCGAAGCGCUACACCAGUGUAACAAGUAUUGUAAAAUGCUGGGGCUGAGAUCACUCCAAAACAUCAGCCAGAGACAGAAGGAGCCACGUGUCAGUAAAAACAAAACUCGGCCCAACUCCACAACCGUCAAGAUGGCGCCCGGGCCCCCCACGGCAGGAAGGAAGACCUCGCGUCCCCUGUGACCUGAUGGCCGCCAGCCAGCAGCACCCAGCCUUGUGGGCAGAAAUCUGAGGACACUCAAGAGAGAACGUGUGGCCUGCGUCACGCACAGCGGUGUGACCGUCCUAUUUCCCUCUGCCCCGGCGCCACCCUGCUUCCAAACCCAUCACCUGCUGGCCUCCCUGAAACGACUUCGGGGCAGGAUUUGUGACCAGACGUGGGGAGAGACGGAAUCAGCUGUCACUCCCAGAGGACAGUCCAUCUUUGUGCCCACCGUUAGCGUGUUUACCGACUUCACGUUCUUUGUCUACUUGUGUGUUUGCACGUGGUUGUGUUGUCAAGGACUUGGUGCUGAGCAGGGUCUGUCCACAGCCCAAACCCUCCCGGCGCCCCCUUCCUGACCGGGGGAUUUCUAGACGCACCCAGCUGCUGUAUACACGGAAAACGUGAAUUCCUCCAUUGGGUCAAGUCGUCAGGCUAGUGUGGAAUGUUCUAUUGUUGCCAGAGGUGGUUUCUAACACACAAGGCCAUUUCCUUCAUUCUUUACACACCCGGCUAGAAUUCUGUGCUUAAUUAAAUUCAUAUUGAAACAAA